AUGAAAAGGUGGGCAUUGACAUAUGACUGGUGGUCCGAGUCAGUGAGGGAGGAAGCGAUCACACAGGCUGGGCUGCACUUCGUCGGCCUGGGUAGUUAUCUCCUCCUUUUCCCGGCCACCAGCAAGUACUGCUACUUUCGCAACUUUGACGGCUCCUUCCAGCCUGGCGAGGACGACGUCUACGAGAGACCACUCACGGUUCGCACAAGCGAUGGCUUGAAGGUCACUCUGGAGCUGGAAUUCGUGUUCCGACUUCAGAUGAAUAACCUGCGGGCGCUCUACAUGCUCGUGGGCAGCCAGAGCUACCAGAACACGCUGGUGCACAUUGCCAGUGGCACCAUUGCAGAGCAUGCGACCAACUUCUCUGCCCAGGCUUUCUAUGGAGACCGAGGCGGUGUGGCGAGUGCUUUCCAGGAAGCCCUCACGACAGAGUUAGCCAAGCGUCUCUACGUCAGUGUAAUGAGCUUGCAGCUGCAGCCCGCGCACUUCCCCAGCGCAUAUGCUGCAGCCAUUGUGGAGACACAGGAAAUGAAGCAGGACAUCCAGGUUGCGGAGCAGGAGAAUAAGACCAAGGUGAUCCGAAAACAGACCGAGCUCUUUCGCGCAAGGCAGCUCGCUAAUCAGAUCAUCAUCAAAGCUGAGGGCGAUGCUCAGCAGACGUUGGUCUCCAACCAGGCAGAUGUCGCCCAGUUCAAGUACCGUCAAGAAGUCCUUGCCGAAGGCUAUGCUCGCGCGCUCCAGUUUUUCAGCGCAAGCGGCCAGGAUGCAGUGCCGGACUUUCUGAAUUACAUGAAGCUUGAGGCUUUCAAAGCGCACGACAGCAACAAAAAGACGAUGAAGCUGACGCCGGUUGCCUGA